AUGCUUUUCAAAAAGGAAAAGAAAUCUGCUACGGAGGAUCAGCCCAAGGGAGAAAUUGUGGAAGAACCAUAUGAAUACCCUUUGAAAGGGCUGACUCCCUCAGGGUUGGAAGAACCCUCUGAGGAAAACUUUCCAAAGUACCAACAGGUCUUGGAUCACUUUAAAAAUGAAGAUCUCAAACUCCCUAUUACAGAAAAAUAUAAAGAAGGGGAUGAAACAAGAAGUCUAACCACGGAAGAAAAGGCGUGGCUUACUAAAGAAUGCAUACUCCGGUAUUGUAGAGCUUGUAAUUGGAACGUUACUGAUACCAUUACACGUCUGGAAAAUUCGAUUUCUUGGAGAAGGGAAUUCGGUAUCUCUGGAGGGAAGUUCCAGACUUUGAAACAGCAGUUGGUAGCACCAGAAAAUGAGACGGGGAAACAGCUUAUUUUUGGUUUUGAUAGGGAGUGCAGACCAUGUCUCUUCCUCUUCUCUGGUAAACAGAACACGAAACCAAGCUUCCGCCAAAUUCAACAUUUGAUCUUCAUGCUGGAAAUGACCAUUUGGUUUAUGCCUAGAGGGCAGGAUAAACUAGCUCUCUGCGUCGACUUUAAGAACUACCCUGAACUUUCAGCAAAAUCUUUCCCCUCCGUAUCUGUUGGAAAACAGGUCUUACACAUUUUACAGUAUCAUUAUCCUGAGAGAUUGGGAAGAGCAUUGUUCGUCAAUAUUCCAUGGUAUGCGUGGGCUUUCUUGAAAAUUUGUUAUCCGUUUGUGGAUCCAUAUACGAAGCAAAAAUGUGCAUUUGACGAACCAUUUGCCAAGUUUAUCCCUGAAGAGCAGUUGGAUUUCAUUCAUGGUGGAGAAGUCAACUUCAAGUACGACCACGAGAAAUACUGGCCUGAGAUGCUGGCCAUUGGGGAAAAGAAAAUGAAAAAUUACAUGAAAAACUUUGAAAAACUGGGAGGAACUGUUGGAUUGAGUGAAUACGAUCUCAGGUCAGAAGAUGAAUGA